UACAGCAUCACCUGUAUGGACCCUGUGAACCAAUUGUUCCAAUUUUCCAUUUCCUUCUCCAACCUCCGAAACACAAGCAUCCAUGGAGUCUCUCAAUUUCUUCAAGGGCUAUGGCAAAGUAAAACCUUCAGAAGACCCAAAUUCUUUGCCUAAUCAACAAAAAACCAUACCCCAAAAGCCUUGCAAAAUCAUCGCCAUCACUUUAACCGUUUUAUUAACCCUAAUAAUCGGCGCCAUCGUCGGUGCCGUCAUCCAUGAGUCAGUCACCGAGCCACCCGAGUCCGAAGAACUCGCCUCCAACUCCGCCGAGUCACUCAAAACUGUCUGCGCCGUGACUCGUUACCCCGACUCUUGUUUCUCCUCCAUUUCUUCCCUAAACAAGCCACUCACUGCGAAUCCUUUGAACUUCUUCAACCUUUCUCUUCAAGCCACGGUGCAAGAACUCUCAAACCUAACUUCUCUGCCUAAAGAGUUGAUCUCGAAGUCAAACGACAAGCCGGCUGAGUCGGCGUUGAAGGAUUGCGUCGGUUUGUUCGACGACGCGGUGAGUCAACUCAAUAGAUCGUUCGAGUUGAUGAAGGUGGGUCCGGGGGAGAAGGUGUUGACAGAUAUGAAGAUCAGUGACAUACAGACGUGGAUUAGUGCCGCCAUGACUGAUCAGGAUACUUGUCUGGAAGGGAUCGGAGAGAUGGGAUCAACGGUUCCAAAUGAAUUUAAGGUGAAGGUGCAAACAUCCCAGGAGUCCAUGAGCAACAGCUUAGCAAUUCUCAAUAAUAUACAAAGUCUAUUCGAAAAGUUUGGCCUCACGAUGCCUUGAUUCCACGUUUGAGUUGACUCUUUGCCAUACUUUUUCUUUUUUAAUUUUUUUUCUUGCAUUUGUACAAUGAGUGUAUCUGUGUAGGGUUUCAAACGUUAUAUGUUUGGGCAAAAUUAUAAGUUCCUUUCAAAUAUUGAUUUUUGUUAUAUGUUCACAAUUGUUAUUCACUCGCUAAUAACAUAUUUUGAGGAA